AUGGCCGGACUUCCUCACCCGAGAGGACACUCGCUCCGGCCAGGGUCAAGCAAAGAGGACAUGGUCCGUCGCUACGUCGAAGACCGCCUCCUCCUCAUUUCGCGCCGUCAUGUGAAGAAAUUCGGCAAUCCCAGUCCCGGAGACGAGGUCACCGGGUUCAAAUCCUUUGGCGAAGUCGCCAAGGAGCUCGACGGGCUCGUAAACAUCCUAUGGAAAUCCGGAACGCCGUGCUUACAAGUCCCGUUUCUAUUGAAACUAGCCAGCGACUUUACGCAGUACGUGCGGUCUUUCCCGCCCUCUCCACGAGCUACAUUUGAGCUGCUGCGCAAACUGGACCACUGCUUCGCCAGCCUGCUGCGUGGCCAGGACAUGGACACAAACGAGACCUUGCCCGGGUUUGAGAACGGUCUUCGGUCAGGCAUGACCACGACCGACAUGGUCCGAUGUCGUAGCUUGGUGGAGCAGACGAGAGUCUUGAUUGUCGACGUCUUGAGCAGCGGCGAGGAGGAGGAGGAGGAGGAGGAGGAGGAGGAUGAUGACGAGAGUGCGACCGAGGGUGACGCACCAUGGGACAUUGAUGAAGAGAGGCUGCAUAUGGAUGCAGCACGAAUAUACGAAAAUACCAUCGUGCAACUGGGUGAGAGGCUGGGCGACCCGCUGGGCAACGAUAACAAGAUUGAUAGUUCUGUAGUGUGCUCAACUAAUGAUUAG